GCGGCGGCGCCAUGAACAUCCUGCCGAAGAAGAGCUGGCACGUCCGGAACAAGGACAAUGUGGCCCGCGUCCGGCGUGACGAGGCGCAAGCCCGGGAGGAAGAGAAGGAGCGCGAGCGGAGGGUCCUGCUCGCCCAACAGGAGGCCCGCACAGAAUUCCUGCGGAAGAAAGCCCGGCGCCAUGACCCGGCGCUGCCGGCUCCGGCUCCCGGGGCAGAAGCACCGACCUCCGGGCCGGUGGGCCUGUUCCGGGAGCUGCUGGAGGAAGGGAAAGGGGCGUCGAGAGGCAACAAAGAGCACGAGGAAGAGAAGCGCCAGGAGAAGGAGCGGCAAGAGAAAGCUCUGGGCAUCCUGACCUACCUGGGCCAGAGCGCGGCGGAAGCUCAGACCCAGCCUCCGUGGUACCAGCUACCCCCGGAGCGAGAGGGUCCCCCAUCGGGCCCAAGUCCAGACGAGAAGAUCAAGACUCGGCUGGACCCCCUGCGGGAGAUGCACAAGCACCUGGGGAAGAAGAGGGGGCACAGCGGAGGUGGCGAGCCCAGCAGGAAGAAGGUGGAGCCGGCGCGGCCCAGGGGGUCCCCAUCCCUGGACCAGCUCCGAGCUGAGCGUCUUCGGCGGGAAGCAGCCGAGAGGGCCCGGGCGGAGGCUUUGCUGGCCCGGGUCCGAGGAGAAGCAGCCCCGGAGCAGCCGGAGGAGGAGACUAACGAACGGCGCAGGCGCUACAACUCGCAGUUCAACCCGCAGCUGGCACGGCGACCCCGCUGGCAGGACCCGCCCCUGGCGCACUGAAUGGGGUAUGGGGGUGCAUUAGGUGGCACCCCCUUGGCUCCCUGACUGCAGGCUUGGGUGAAGGAGUUGGGCCAUGGCUGCCAGCAUCAUAUAAAACUAUUUAUUCAUAAAUAUUUUCCAAAAUGAAAA